GUUUAAUUUUUAGCUUAGCAUCAACAUGGAUCUACCAAAUACGUUUGAAAUAGGGAACUACACAGAAUGCGUUUUAAGUGGUAACCAAUACUGUAAAGUUAGUGCAAUUUUAAAAUACCCCGAAGAUGACUUAACGCUUAUCAAUUAUGUCAAGCAUAUUCGGUAGCAAUCAUAACAAUAUAAACAGCUUACCACUUUGCUGGGAGACAGUUUUUUUUAUUAAUGGCUUUGGAUUAUUGAUCCAUUCAGCCACGGUAUUAUAAUAAGUACUGUUUGCUACAAUAUUAAAUACUAUAUACACAUGCGCAGCACAUAUACAAACUUAUGCACGCACAUACAUAUAUAGGCAUUGUUGUAUAAAAAUAAAAAAAAAUACAAAAAGUUACUCAUCGUACUUUACACGUCUCUCGUAUUCAUUUCAACAUAUUUCGAUAAAUGCAAACAAAAUCAGUUUAGAGGUUAUCCAAAUAAGUUCCUACAGCAUUUUUCAUUAUAUCGUAGCUGGAAAAAUAGAACGGAUAUUUCUAAAAAUGAAGAUUACCAAAAACUUCUAUCUAUGCAAGGUUUACGAGUAUAUAUGAUGCUACUAGUUUUCUUACUACAUUUUUCUUUUUUCUAUUUUAACAUUUCCAUAACGAAUCCCGACUAUUAUCGAGAAUUUCUUUACACUGGAGAAUGGAGCAACUAUUUUCUAGCUUGGGGAACUUUUAUAGUUUUAUACUUUUUUGUAAUAUCAUCUUGGCUUGCAACUAUCCAAUUAUACAAAACGUUCGAAAAUAGCGGCAAACUAACUUUAAGAAACAUUGUUGUUAUAAUAGUCAACAGAUAUUUCAGGUUUAUUUCAGCCGCCAUUUUUAUCAGUAUAUUUAUAUCAAACUGGAAAUAUUUAUUGAGCGGGCCAUCCAAUUUUGAAAUGUUGCAAUAUUCUGAUAAUACUUGCCAGCAAAAUCUAUUAUUAAACAUAUUUUUUAUGGCAAAUUUUAAAUUCUGGAAGGACAUAUGCUACCCUGUAACAUGGUCAUUAUCAGCAGAUUUUCAGAUGUAUAUUAUUAAUGUAAUAGUAAUAUACACAAUAUUCAAGUACAAACUUAACGAAUUUAAGGUGUAUUUCUCUAUUUUAGCAGGUGUUUGUUUUAUUAACGGAUUCAUGAUCUACUGGUAUGAUGCACAAGUUAUAUUUAAUUUUAACGCAAGGAGCAUGAAAUUGUUUGUUCUUGACGACUCAGUACAUUUUGUCAUAAAUUAUCUAUCUACUCUUUCGACAGCGUCAUCAAGUUGUAUUGGAAUAAUAUUGGGUGUUAUCUUUGUUAAAGUUAAAAACAAACAGUUUAAUGGAAACAUGCUGUACUCAAUUUUGUGGUUUCUUCUGUUUUUGGGGCUGCCGAUUUUUGCAGUUGUUUUAAGUACAAGAGAAGGCACAGGAUUUGUGACUGCAAUUUACGGAGCCCUAGUUAAACCUAUGUAUUGUUUGGGCUUGGGAAUAGGAGUCCUUGGCAUGGCACUCAAUCUUGGCGGUAGGUACUGA